AUGGUGACGAAGAAAAGAAGCACUGGUAACUUCACAACGGUGGCAUUGAUGCAAAGAGCAAAAACCAUUAUUCCACCAAAAAUGCGUGACCCUGGAAGUUUCACAAUACCCUGCUCAAUCGACGGGUUAUACAUUGGUCAAGCGCUUUGUGAUCUUGGGGCCAGUAUCAACUUAAUGCCCUUUUCAAUUUUUAAGCAGCUGAAUUUCGGGCAACUGGCACCCACGACGGUGACUCUCCAGUUGGCUGACAGGUCCCUUGUGCAUCCAGAAGGAAAGGUGAAGAAUGUCUUAGUCACGAUUGACAAAUUUAUCUUACUGGCAGACUUCAUCAUCCUUGAUUAUGAAGCGGACAAAGAUGUACCCAUCAUCCUGGGAUGA